AUGUUCAACAAACUAUUUUUUCAUAACCUUACACAGUGUUUCAGUACAAAUCGAACUAUAUUUUCUAGAAGGAAACUCUUGCUUCUAAGCAAAAGAAAAUAUUCUGAAGACCUAAUACUAGGAUUAGAGACAUCUUGCGACGACACCGGUUGCGCAAUCGUAAAUAAUAAAGGCGAAUUAUUAUCUGAAUCCCUACAUUCACAGAAUUUAAUGCAUUUGCGAAAUGGAGGGAUAAUUCCAGAUAUUGCGCGAGAUUUACAUUCUAUGUUUGUUGAACCAGUCGUAACCGAAACAUUGAGGAAUGCAAAAGUAUCAAUGGAUUCUAUAGUAGCUAUAGCAGUGACGGUAAAACCGGGGCUUCCUCUUAGCCUUGCAGUGGGUAUGAAGUAUGCAAAAUAUUUAGCCCGUAAAUAUAAUAAGCCAAUAAUUCCUAUCCACCACAUGGAAGCUCAUGCCUUAGCUGCUAGAAUGCAACAUAACAUAACAUUUCCAUACUUAACAUUGCUAAUAUCUGGUGGGCACUGUUUGUUGGCUGUUGUUCAAGAUGUUACACAUUUUAAACUACUUGGUGAAAGUAUAGAUAUGGGACCUGGUGAAAUGUUCGAUAAAGUUGCUAGAAGAAUGAAAUUAAGAAAUAUUCCUGAAUAUUCAAAAACGUGUGGAGGACAAGCAGUUGAAAUAGCAGCAUCCAAAGCUACUAAUCCCCAAAUUUUUAAACUUCCUUUGCCUCUAAGUGAUUAUAAAGAUUGUAAUUUUAGUUUUAAUGGCCUUAAAACAUCAGUGUUAUUACAUCUGCACAGAAAAGAAAGAGAACAUGAAAUAACUGCAGAUAAAUUAAUACCAGAGGUAAAUGAUUUAUGUGCAGCUAUGUUAAUGGCUACAUCUAGACACUUAGUUCAUCGGACUCAGAGAGCUAUGGAGUUUUGCCAACAAAAUAAUUUAAUACCCGAUAAUAAUAAGCAACUCAUAGUAUCAGGUGGAGUUGCAUGUAAUAAUUAUAUUUUUAGUACUCUUACAUUGUUGUGCCAUGAAUUUAAUUAUAAUAUUUAUAGGCCAUCACCAAAAUUAUGUACAGAUAAUGGUGUAAUGAUAGCAUGGAAUGGUUUAGAAAAAUGGAGGAAAAGAUUAGAUAUUGUAAAUAAUUUAAAUACUAUAGACAUUGAAGGUACUAGUCAAUUAGGUGAAAGUCUUAUAUCAAGAGUUGUAGAAGCAAGAAUACCUAUAAAAUUGAUGAAAAUAAAAGUAAGGGCUUAA